AUGGCGGAAAACGGGAAUGGUGGCGGCUCGAGGGGCCAGCAAAACGGGGUCAAUGAGCAUACAUCGCUGCUUUCUGCUCACAACGGACUCGAAUAUAGUCGCGGGAUUUCUUCCGGCGACACUCUCGGAGAUGAGGAUGACAUGGCUAUCGGAGCAAAUGAGUUUGACAACCUCCUGUCAAGGUCCCAGUCCAUCAGUAGUGGCCUGGGAAUCGAGCCAGAGUCGCAAGAAACGGCAAUGCUUCGAGGACCUCGACGAUAUGGCAUUGUGAGAUCAAGAUCCCGUGCUCCAAGUUGUUCCAGUACUCUACGUCGAAAAAAAUCGCAAGCAAGCAGCUCGAGCAGCCACGAGGCCAUCGAAGAGGAGUACGAGCCAGAAGACGGGAAACCGAAAUCGCCAUUCCUUGCUGGCGUCAGUGUCUCGAGGUUCUGGCUCAUAUUCGGAGGAGUAUUGACUGCUCAAUUCGUUGCCUGUUUCGACGGCACCAUCAUGGUGUCUUCUCACCCGGUCAUCACGUCUCACUUCCACAGCUCCAAUAGUGCUUCCUGGCUAUCGACAGCUUUCCUAUUGACCUCAACGAGUUUCCAGCCGUUGUUUGGGCGUCUUUCGGAUACAAUUGGGAGGAAACCUCCUUACAUCUUUAGCAUGUCACUAUUUUUACUUGCUACGAUCUGGUGUGCACUUGCUCAGAGCAUGACUAGCUUUAUUCUUGCUCGAGCUGCCUGCGGAUUGGGAGCUGGCGGUAUGAUGGCGAUGGGCGCGAUCAUUACUAGUGACCUCGUACCAAUUGAGAUCCGCGGGGCAUACCAGUCCUAUAUUAACAUUGUUUAUGGUGCUGGCUCUGCACUUGGCGCAGCUACCGGGGGGGCAAUUGCAGACAGCUUGGGGUGGCGUUGGGAGUUUGGUAUUCAAGUACCGCUUCUCGCAGUGGCUUUAUGCAUCGCAACCUCGAGCGUACCGAAUAAGCUUGGCCUGGUGGCGGGUGCAGAGAAGAAAACUGUCUGGGAAGCUAUGAAGGUGUUUGACUACAAAGGUUCGAUUCUUCUGACGACUUUUAUCACGUUUCUCAUCCUUGGCCUGAAUCUUGGUGGUAACAUCUACUCAUGGUCGCAUCCCUUGGUCAUCGCAUCGCUUGUAAUCUUUGGUGUCUGCUUUCCAUUAUUUGUUUGGGUAGAAUCGCGAGUUGAGCUCCCGAUCAUGCCUUUGGAUCUAGUAACUCGCUAUCCUCGAGCCGGGCUCAUCCUAUCCAACUGGCUCGGCGCGAUUGUCAUGAAUGCUGUCAUGUUCAACAUCCCUCUGUUUUUUCAGGCCGUCCUACUCGAAAGUGCCACAAGCUCCGGCCUUCGCCUCAUAGUACCUUCAAUCGCCUCCUCAUCUAUUGGCACUGCAACUGGGUUCCUGAUCACCUACACCAAGCGACUGAAGCUAUACGUAGUACUGGGGGGCGUCUUCCUCAUCAUUGGGACUGUGGCACUAUCGUUCAUGCGGAGGGGAUUAUCGGAUUGGGCAUAUCUAUUGUUCCUAGUACCUCAGAGUAUGGGGCAGGGCUUCUUGUUUCCAGCGACGUUCAUGACCGUGCUUGCUGUCUCUGAACAGCGGGAGCAGGCUGUGGUGACUAGCACGUUGAUCUUGUGGAGGUCUAUCGGACAGGUUCUGGGAGUAGCGACGAGUAGCUUGGUGCUGCAGAAUUCGUUAUUCCUUAACCUCGAGAGCAUGGUGUCUGGACCGGACAAGGAGGACGUUAUCCAGCAGGUUCGCAAGUCUGUUCGAGCAAUCGCCAACCUCGACCCGCACUACAGAGAGCAAGUCAUAGACGCCUACGCAGAAUCUUUGCGCGCGACCUUCGUCAUGUCAGCAGUAUUAUCAGCCGUCGCGUUCGUCAUGAUUGUUCCUCUCAGGCUACCGCGACUAGGUCAAAGAAAAUAA